AUGGCGGAUUACUUUCCCGCUCACUUCAAAGACGCUCUCGACCAUGUCGAUGUCGACGUCGGUUCUCAACCAGACGUGAAGGACUUUGCUUAUUGUCUCAAACUCUACUCGACUUGUCUGCGGUACAUUCGCCGGUUUCUCCUAAAACGCGAAGCACAGCACCUGUUCAGUGUAAAGCAAGCUUUGACGGACCACGCUGAUGGCAUUUUAGUCUGUCUCUGGAGCGCCUUUCAGCAUAUGUUCCCCUUUGAGUCCCGACAACUCGACCCCACGUUGAUAUCAGCCUCCGCUGACUUCAUUGCUGCGGUGUUCAAAGUGAAUGACCCAUGGCCCGAUGACAGAGAGGAUGAACAACUGGAGGAGAGUGGUUCUGCCUUCGAACGGUUGGAAAUAUUAUGUUUGCAAACUCCAGUUAUUGAGAUAGUAGACCACUGCUUUUUCUUUGCGGAUAAUGACGACCUUCGACGGAAGAGCAUGAAAACAAGAGAACUCGUUCACGAGAUCAACUAUCCUAUGGACUUGGACGUCAAUCCGCCGGACAAAUAUUACAGAGUGUUGAAAAAAGGACCAACUCGCAAGCGAUUUGAUCAUCUUUUUGCAAGCAACAUUUCCGCCGAUUGUAUGCUUCCCAUUCUCCAAGAAUUUGAACUGGGUGUCGCAGGAAAGGCACCUCGUCCACUCUGGGAAAAAGCACUAAUCAGUAGCAUCAAGGUUGUGAGCGAUUUCUCUUCCGAUUGUGAAACGAUCCCGCACAAUAUGUUCAAGGAAGGUGUCAGGAUAGCACACGACAUCGUUAAGAAACUUGUACAGCAGAAGUUCGGCGCUCUGAGGUCCCACAUCACGGAAAUCGUUACCAAGCACCAGGCUGCUCAGGUUGCUAGUUCUGUUAUCCUGUCCGCAGCAAAAACUUUGAGAUGGAAUGGUGGCAAGAGAGGCAGCAACGUAUCUAAAUACUUACAAGACAGAGUAUUGGAAAGCAUCUUCCUCCUUCCUCUCCUCUUUGAGGAGAUGAAUUCAGUCAAAAAGUGGAAAGCUGAGGAGCUUACCUUCCUCCAUCGCCUUGCCAAGGAAAAUGCUUCCGUUUGGAAGCAUACCUUUGACUCUCUUCGAACACUCGAGGCUAGCCCCGAUAUCCAUGAAGACAAUGCCGUCCUCACCUACCUACACCUCUGGUGUCAUUAUGGCACACUGAUGGGAGUGCAGAAUUUGGUUGAUCCCAUUCGCGGAUGCUGCAAUGCCGAUUGUGAUUCCUUCUUACGGGAAACAGAUCAAAGUCUUGGUCGGUGUUCGAGGUGUCGUAAGAUCGUGUAUUGCAGCCAGAACUGCCAGCAAAGUGACUGGAAGCUGCACAAGCGUCACUGUAAUCCGGCACCUCCGUGA